AUGCAUCGGAAGAAGAAAGAAAAAGCCAGAACCGAUUUCUACAAAGACCCUUUUGAGUUUGUGAAAGGCAUAUUCACAAAGGAGAAGAGUGGAUUCCUGAAAACAUCAAAAGAUCAGGUUGAAGAGCAUUUGAGAACCAUCUUUACUGAUGAAAAAAAAGAUGAACCGAUCGUUGUCCCCACUGACAUCCCUCCAAUAUCAUCACCACAACAUCAGUUUGAUAUCAGCCCUCCUAAGCUGAGCGAGGUGAAGCAGGCAGUGAAAAAGGCAAGAUCGGCAUCUGCACCAGGCCCUAACGGCGUACCGCAACAAGAGUUAUCUAAGAAAGCAAAAAAAGAGAAUGAAGCAGCAGUCGAAGCUAGCUACACGGUGAGUGAAAUUAUUGCCAAGGCCAGAAAGCCGUUCAAGGAAGGCAAGUUCAUCAAAAAGUGUUUGUUACUAGCUGCAAGUAAAGUCUGUCCAGAAAAGAAUGAUCAGUUUAGCAAAAUCAGCCUUUCAGCUAACACAGUGGCAGAGCGCAUUUCUGACCUGUCAUGUUCACUUUGUGAGAAAGCCAAAUAUUUUUGUGCAUACUCUGUCGCCCUUGAUGAGAGCACGGACAACACUGAUACUGCGCAGCUUGCAGUAUAUGUCCGUGGUGUUAACGACAAUUUUGAAGUGAUCGAGGACUUGCUCGCUGUGAUUCCAAUGCAUGGUCAGACCACCGCUCAGGAGAUAUUCCGCCUGCUGUGUGGUGCUAUUGAGGAUGCCGGUUUGCCAUGGAAGAGGUUUGCUGGAAUAACAACCGAUGGAGCGCCAUCAAUGACAGGAAGGAAAAAUGGACUGGUGGCACUCGUUCAAAGAAAACUGGAAGAGGAGAAUGUGGAGGAGGCCAUUGCUCUGCACUGCAUUAUCCAUCAGCAGGCCCUUUGCAGCAAAUGCCGGAGGUUUGACAAUGUGAUGCCUGUUGUUGUAAAAUGCAUCAACCAUAUCAGAUCUAGGGGCUUAAAGCACCAGCAGUUCCGCGCCUUUUUGGAGGAAAUAGAGUCAGAAUAUGAGGAUGUGCUCUACUUCACAGAGGUACGUUGGCUCAGUAGGGGAAACGUCUUGAAGAGGUUUUUUGAGUUGCGUGCAGAAGUGAAAGCCUUCAUGGAGAAGGAUGGGAUGGCUGUUCCUCUGUUAAGUGAUUCCAAAUGGCUCAUGGACUUUGCUUUUCUUGUUGACAUCACACAGGAACUGAAUGUACUGAACAAGAAGUUACAAGGCCAGGGGCAGCUUGUCAGUGCUGCCUAUGACAAUGCACUCAUGGAUGUGGGCACACCAUUCAGUGGUGAGAAGUAUGCUGAUGCCAUUAUGAAGCUACAGGAGGAAUUUGAUCGUAGGUUUGCAGACUUCAAGACACACAGAGCCACUUUUCAAAUUUUUGCUGACCCCUUCUCCUUCGAUGUGCAAGAUGCUCCUCCUGUACUUCAAAUGGAGCUCAUUGACCUGCAGUGCAAUUCUGAACUAAAAGUCAAGUUCAGGGAGGUGAGUGGAAACACAGACAAGCUUGGACAGUUUUUGAGAGAAUUGCCACCCACCUUCCCUGAUCUCUCCAGGAUGUUCAAGCGGACCAUGUGCCUUUUUGGUAGCACCUAUCUAUGUGAAAAGCUCUUCUCCACCAUGAACUUCAAUAAGUCAAAGUACAGGUCCAGACUUACUGAUAAGCAUCUUCAAGCCAUACUGAGGGUUUCAACUGUUUCCUCCCUCAAGCCAAAUGUGUCUCAGCUGUGUGAGAGGAAGUGCUGCCAGGUCUCUGGCAGCAAGGAGUAG